AUGCUGCGCGUUUGGAGCGUUUCGGGCGAGGAGCUCGCCGCACUUCCUCUGGAGCAGUUCAGCUUCGGGGACUUGGAGGCUUCUGGCGCGGAGACGCCUGCAGGCCAGCCAGUCCGUGCACUGAAGCGAUGUUUGUCCAGCUUUUGCGGGCACUCGCGAUUCCGGCAGAGGCUAGUGGAUGAAAACGGAGCCAUCCUUGACGACUCGACGCCUUUGGCACGGCCUCUGGAUCUCCAACUGCUCCUGCUGCCCUUGGUGCCCACGACGCAGGCGGACGCGGCAAAGCUUGCGAGCGCGGUCGGGGGUGGUCACCUGGAGCUGGUCGAGGAAAUGCUGCAUCGGCCCAUCGACCCAGAUUGCAUGGGGCGGCCGAGUGAGACCGCUUUGAUGUUUGCGGCCUCCCGGGGUAAAUGCGACAUGGCCGCUUUGCUUCUGGAGGCUGGUGCGAACAAAGAUGCGACCAAUCGGCUUGGAAGGACGCCGCUGUUCGCUGCCGCGCUGAUGGGACACGUCGAGGUGUCCAGGCUGUUGCUGGAGGCCCGCGCAGAAGUGGACAAGGCCGACAAGGACGGGCAAAGUCCCCUCUACAUGGCCUGCUCCCUGGGCUCUGUCGCAGUCGCGCGUCUACUGCUGGAGGCAGGUGCGGAGAAGGACCUCAUGACCGAAAGGCGCGGAGACACGCCACUUCUCAGCGCCGCCUCACAGCCCAACCGACAAGAAGUGCUGUCACUAUUGCUUCAAGCUUCGGCAGACAAGGACAGGGCUAGCCGCUCCGGCGAUACUCCGCUGUUGCUUGCUCUGAGUUUUGUAAUCUUUUAUCUUCAAGGCUGCUUCGAAUUCUGUGUUCGGUCUUCAUGGCUCUACGAACUUCCCAGGUUCAUGGCAGCUGAACGAGGCCAUCUGGAAAAUGUCAAGAUUUUGCUGCAAGCCGGAGCUGACAGAGGUUGGUUCCGGCACCUUUCUGCGACGCCACACCACGUGGCAUCCCGCAACGGCCAUGUGGAAAUUGCACGGCUCUUGCUUGACCCGUCUUGCUGCACCCCUGCACACUGGCUGAACCAAGCCGCGCAGUCGGGCGACAGCCGAGCGCAGUACCAAAUAGCCAGGAUGUUCCUGUACGGCACGGGCCUUGAAGCGGACGAGGCCACGGCUGCCCAGUGGGCGUCAGCAGCCGCGAACAGCGGUCUCAAGGAUCAUAAGGGCCCUUGCGCUCGCUCAGACACGUUUGGCACAGGCCUCUGA